UCGAAAUUUACGCAAAAAACGCUAAUUCUUGAUUCUAAAUCCUCAGUGUAUGAUAGUUUGGGCUGAUCUUUUACCGCUAAAUUUUUCGAGCUGAGUAUUCUCGAAGAUCAGCCUGUGCCUAUUUUCGGCAUAAAAAUAUUCCUUUUGGUGUAUUAUUUUCAAGAAAAUGCAAUGUUUUUUAAGAAAAACCAUUCAAUCAGAUCUAUAACAACGUUUUUGUACAAUUGAUUAAACCUUUCUAAAUCGACCCAAAAAUUGAUCAAAGAGAAUUUCCUAAAAAAGAAAAACAGCUGGUUAUGUGAAGAUUUUAUCGAGUUUUCAAUAAAAUUUGUCGUUCAAGAAACGUUUUUUUUUUAGGGAUAAUAUUCAAAAAAAAAUCUUCCCAAUACGAACUGGCAAUUCUUAAGAUUACAAAAUAAACUAACAAACAAACUUUACUCCAAUCUUAAUUCAUUUUGAGAUUUUACGAUAUUUCGUACCAUUACCCUCCAUGUUUUUUCACCCAAUUGACAUUUAGAAAAGCACCCAAAGUGAAGCUUUUUAUUUUCAACACUGGCGCUGAUGUCGCUGAAUCCCCGUAAUUUCACUGGACUUCAUGAAUUUAGAAGAUCAGCCUGAUCCUCCAAAUUAUGGGCUGAUCCGUGUGUGUAUCGAGAGCAAUCCUCAUUUUUCAGACUGAUCUCUUAGCCGAUCCUUGUGUCUAUUUUGGGCUUAAGGGUUCCCUUGGUCAGGGUCGAAAGCUUUAGAGCAGAGGCGUUCAAGGACCGUUGAAACCGAAUAAACGUCAAAUGAAGCAUGUACGUCAAUGGUCACAACGCUACCAGAACGAACUUAUUUUGACGUUUAUUCGGUUUUUACCGGUUCUUGCACACCUCUGCUUUAGAGAAAAAAUUGAGUUUUUAAUUGUGGAAAAGAAGCUAUCCCUGACGAAAACCGAAAGAUCUGAAUCCACUAUAAUCCGUCAGAUACCCUACCUAUACAGUAUAUUCUCGCUCAAUCGACUCAUUUUCAGUCAGGCGAAAGAAUGUCUUCACAAUUUUCACGUUUAAUUAUGAAGCAAAUUUUCUGAAAUUCGCUAUGGUUCUUUUUAUUUUAUCAUAAUUCUUUAUAAUUUAGCGCUUUUUUGUGGAAUUUUCAAUGACUUUAACGCCCAAAUCUAUCGAUAAUUUUGAUGACAUUUUGCCCCAUAUGCCCGAUUGUGAGAGAGUCUACUGUAGAACAUUACUGAAAUCGUUAGUCAAAGAGGAUUGGCUAAAAAACAACGUUUCGUUGUUGAUUUCGAGCAGACGUUGGCCCACACGAUCAGCGAAUGCAAAUUCUCUUGACUUCUCCAAAAAGUGCAUUUUUUUGGUCAAUGCCAUGACUAAAAAAUACCAGAGUGUCAAUCCGCUGAAGGCAGCCCUUCAUCCUGAAUGGGCUCACAUGCCAGAAUCUCAUUUUCGGGCAGUGAGGGAUGGGUUCAUGGAUUAACACAGGGCUAUUAUUCAUUCCAAGGAUGAUUUUUCAAAAGUUGCAGUUCAAUUAAUGCACCCUGUAUAAUGUCAUUUUAAGCCUAUUGAUAGCGAUGUAGGCGCUCCACGAUGACAUUAGAAAAGUAUUGCCCGAUUUAAAUAAAGCUGUCAUAAUGCCAUCUGUCAGUUUGUAGUCAGAAUUAAUUCAUACUUUUAAAUAAUUUUAUAUUGAUUCUUCGGUUUCAAAGUAAAAUACCUCUAUUCCCAUUUCAGUCUUUCUAAAAAUAGAUAUUCAAGAAUAAAGAAAAGUAUUUUUUUUUCAAUUUAUCUCAUCGGUUAAUCAGACACUCCAACAACGCAUUUUAAUUAAUAUUCAGUGUUAGAUCUAAUAUCAAUAUUUCGUGUUGCGCAAUGAAAGACAAGUACAAACUGUCCAGGGUUUAUUUGUAUUUAUUCCAUUGACCAUAAAUAACUUACAGGAAAUUUCAAAUUGCAGAAAAACCAAACGAAUUGUAUUUGAAGGUUAUUUAUUACCGCAUUUAGAGUAAAUUUUUAUUGGCAAUUUUCGCUGAAACAUUUCGCAUCCACUUGACUAAAUGAAAAAUUCAUGAUCUUGAGGAAGAAAAUGUCUUUUACUCUCUGUGAAUUACUUCUCCAGAAAAAAAAGAUGUAUGAAUCUCAUUACUCGCCUUGCUUGUAAAAUAGACCAAAAUUAUGCUUGUAUAUUUUUUUGACAAUGCAUGCACAAUUGGCAAUAAAAAUUGUUCUAUUGGAUAUGAAAUUGAGUUUUUUCUGCAAGACACAUGAAAAAAAAAUUCUUGAUUUAAAAGUGCCACAUUGAGAUUUUCAAAUGAAUAAUUUUUUCUAUUGAAAGAAGAAAUAUUGUGAAAUUGGCUUUUGUGUGCUUCAGAAUAUGCUUCAUUUGUGGCUUUUAUCGCAUGAUUUUUCUUCUAAAUUGCUUACUGUAUCAAUUUGCGUUGGUCACACGGAAUUCUUUUUUUUUUAAUUUUUUCCUCUACGUUGGUUUCAAACACAAACAUUACACUAUAUAAACGGCCAAAAAUAUACAAUUAUAUUGGAGUAUAUUGUUAUUGCUAAUAUAACCAUGGUUACCUGAGGAAUCUUAUCGCAAAAAAAUCGAGCAUUUCGCCGAGAGACGAUGAAAGACCAUAUCGCGCUUUUCACUUCCAAUAUUUUCUUCGAUAUUUAAUCAAAAAAGGCUCGUGUUUUUCAUCAUUAGAUAUGAAAGCUAAUGUUUGACGGUAUUUGUGGUUGUUUCGUGAUGUUGAGGUGAAUUGUGGAACAAAUUGAUGGAGAAUUGUCAACAUUGCUGAAGUGGGAGGCAAAGGGAUGGAGAGAAAAAUUGAGCUCGUGAUAAAAUUAAUCGCAAUGUUGGCUAACAUUUUACUGACUCAAUGGGGUAACACAGUCGAUGACAUAGUUUCAAGAACACCAUAAAUGAAACAUCUAAUUUGAGUAUUAAAGGGAAAUUGUUUGAAAACUAAUUAUUGAGAUUAGUAAAAAUUAUUUAAAAAAAAAAAUUAUGAUUUUGCAAUGACUGUCAAACAGUUGGACACAUUGAUUUUUAUUGUAACUUAAGAAAAAAUACUGCAAUAAUUGCUCAAAAUUUGAACACAUUCGAAUUUAUUGUAGCAUUGAAAAAUCUUAAUUAUUGCAUUUAUUGCAAAUUUUCAAUUGUCCUUAUUAAUUGAAUUUGAAGCUUGACCUUUUACUUUAAAGAACGAUUUUCUUAUUCAAGGAUGACAAUUUAUAAUACUAUUAUUUUUUAUUUAUUUGUUUUUCCAAAGUUGAGAGGUUCAAGUUCUAUAAGUUGGAUUUCAAUAAAAAAGUUCUUGGAAAGACUUCUUCUAUAGAUGUAAGAGAAGAAACACAUAGUUUAUUUAAAACUUUAGCUCUUUUCACAAAUUUUUAUCUUUUUCCAAAUUUCUCAAUUACGUUCAUUCUUUUCUUUUUAUUGUCUUUUUGAUCUCAAAUGCAGAGAUCUUGAAUAAAAAUAAUACGUGAAAAUCACGGAAGUUGCACAAAAUCGGUUUACUUAUUAAUUGUAUAAUCAGCUGAGACACAAAAAAUGUGCCAUAAAAAUUGAGACAAGAGAAAUCUUGACAGCGGUGCCAUUUCUUCUAUUUCUAUUUCAUAUUAGAAAAUAAGUAAAUAAACGAGAAAAAAUUAUUAUUAGAUGGUUAGCCCAAUUACAAAAAUUGUGCCAUAAAAUUCGACAUAGAACACUAACAUAGACUAUGUCACCGAUGAUAUAUUUUCGUCUUAGAGCCCAGCACUCAGAGAAUCUAUGCUCCUUUUUCCAUAAUCGGGACAAGACUGACUCCUUUUAACACCAGUGCUCUUUUUGCAGUCUUAUUCUGAACACAAUGGCACAAUAAUUUUUAUGGCACAAUAAAUGUGCCAUAAAAAUUGAUGUACAAAACAACAGUUAGUUGCACUAGCAACAUUCGGUUUUUGCAUUCAAUUUUUCCAAGAAAAAAAAACAAAGAAGGAGAAUUAUCCAAGACAAAAAUGUGCUAUAAAAAUUGAUAUAAAACUAUCAGUUACGCUAGAGUCGAACUGUUGUGAAGGUUUUUCCCUCUAUUAAGAAAAACCCCAUUGGUACUGUAUGAUUAUCAAUCGUAUAGUUAGCCAAGCCACAAUAAAUGUGCUAUAAAAAUCGAUGCAAGAUAAUAAAUUGCACCAGAACCAUUGGGUUCCUGCAUUUCUUGCCCAAAAGAAGAACAUAGAAUAGAUACGGAAAAAAAGUAACAAUCUAUAUGUAUAUUGAUCGAAAAAUUAGUAGAGAUUCAAAUGUGCUAUAAAAUUAUUUGUAAGUCAGUUGUGCCAUAAAAAUGUUCCAUAAUAUUCCAUGCAAGACAGUAAGUUGCAACAAUGUUAACAUUCGGCUUUUGUAUUUCUUUUCCCCAAGAAUAAAGUAGUAAAGAUACACAAAUGAAAGUAAAAUUCUAUAUGGAUAUUGAUCGAAGAGUUAGCAGAGACAUAAAUGUGCUAUAAUAUGUGAAAAACAUUCAGUUGCACAGCAGUGCAACUGCUCUAAUACUUCUUUUUCUCAAUUAAGAAGAAAAUGAAAACUCGUGAACAGUAAAAAUCCGUUUGUAUAUCAAUCGAUUAUUUAGCAAAGACAUAAUAAGUAUGCUAUAAUUUAAUUACUAUAAAAAUAUAUGAAAGACAAUUGACGGGCUAGUGGAUGAUUCUUGUAUUUUUGCUCAAAAAAAGUAGCUUAGUCACUUUUUUGCAAAGAGUCAAAAUGAAAGAAGUUUUUGGUGACGGAAAAAGGAAUUGUGAUUGAUAGUUUUUAUGGCACAGUCCAAGUGUCUCCGCUUAAUACGAUUGUUCUUUUAAAUCUUAAUUGUUGAAGUAUUUUUGUUCUGCAUAGCUAAAAUUUUUAACUUAAUUUAUGGAAUAUUGAGAUUUAUCCGAUUUAUCAAUCUAAGAAAAUUGAUUGUUUUUUUUAUAUUUUAGCAUAGACACCUACCCGGGUUUUCAUUAAAUUUAUAAAACUCAAUAGCUUUUCCAAGACCCAUUGCAAUUUUAAGUCAUUGUGUCUUAUGUAUUGGUGUUUUAUUCAUUGUUCAAGAAGUGAGAGGUUGAUCGAUAGUGUUACCACCGAAUUAAUGCAAAAGUCUCUACAUUCAUUCCUCCCACUGUAUGCAAUAAAAUUGAAAAAUCAACUUAGAGGGAAUACCAGUGGCAAAAAAUAUCGUUUUCGAUAAGAAAACCCUCGAGUUUGCACUGAUAAAAUCCGUAAAAUCGUCUUCAGUUGGGCGUCGACUUCUUAAUCAAUUUGUCGUACUUCUUUUCUCAUCCAGCUUUUUUUUUGUUAAUUUUGUGUUUUGGUGUCUCCCAGUUAAUCUUUGGUUUCAAUCCACGCGUAAUUGUGAUAAAUAGUCUCAGUUUCAAUGAGUCAAAGUAGUUUGGAUUAUAUUCCUGGAUUAAACUAGAAUUUUCUCAAGUGAGCAACAAAAGAAAAAGAGACUUCAAGUGAAUAUCUUGAAAGUGGAACAAAUCAAAUUCCUAUUCCAUAUAAGUUUGCGUGAGAGUUUUAUGUUUGAAAAUGGCUGAAUCUGGAGACCGAGACAAAAGUGGUCGACCAACGAACAACAGGAUGCCAUCCGCUCCAACUCACACUGCCGAAGAGGCACGUCUUCUGGGAGCUAUGCCAGUGGACCCAAUGGAUGACAUUGAGUUGCGUUCCGUCCAGUUGCAAUUUCCCAAUUCGCGCGGUUCGAUAGGGGGCACCUGUGACAUGAGACGCGUUCCCACGGACAAGGGAGACAUCCUCGUGGCUAUUCAGGGCGACCCAACAAAGCCGGCCAUCCUCACGUACCACGAUCUUGGACUCAACUACUUGUCUAGCUUUGCGGGAUUCUUCAACUAUCCGACAAUGAGGGGACUUUUGGAGAAUUUCUGUGUCUAUCAUGUUACGGCUCCAGGACAGGAAGAAGGUGCUCCGACACUUCCUGAAGACUACGUCUAUCCGACCAUGGAGGAGUUAGCGGCUCAGUUGCUAUUUGUGCUGUCGCAUUUUGGUCUGAAGUCGGUGAUUGGAUUUGGGGUGGGAGCUGGUGGGAAUAUUCUGGCUCGCUUUGCACUGGCCAAUCCGGAAAAAGUGGGCGCUCUGUGUCUCAUAAAUUGUGUGUCGACAGCUGCUGGAUGGAUCGAAUGGGGCUACCAGACGUUCAAUGCGCGCUUCCUGCGCACCAAGGGUAUGACACAGAGUGUCGUGGACUACCUGAUGUGGCAUCACUUUGGCCGGAAUCUCGAGGAGCGCAAUCACGAUCUCGUGCAAAUGUACAAAAAUCACUUUGAACGCUCUAUUAAUCCCACGAAUCUGGGCAUGUGGAUUUACGCCUACAUCCACCGGACAGACCUCAAUAUCGCACGCACUCCAUCUGGGACUCCACAAAAUAAUACAACGCUUAAAAUGCCGGUCAUUAACAUUACUGGAGCCCUUUCUCCUCAUGUGGACGACACUGUGACUCUCAAUGGACGUCUCGAUCCCACAAAUUCCAGUUGGAUGAAAAUUCAAGAUUGUGCAAUGGUCCUUGAGGAGCAACCGGGAAAAUUGGCCGAAGCUUUCAGGCUUUUCCUUCAGGGUGAAGGCUAUGCUGUUGGAGCAUUGCAAAAGUUAGCUAGAGCCGCCACCAUAGAGAGCUUAACGGCCUGACUGUCUUGUUGAAAAAGCAAAAAAUGAAAUUUGAAAAAAAGAAGAAAAGAAAAUUUUCUUUUUUAGAGAUUAGUGCAUUAGAUUUAGGUGAUAAAUCAUACGUAUACCAAAUUAUUGGAUUUUUACGAAUAGUUUUACUCUUCUUUUUUUAUUUAGUUCUUUUUUUGUGUUAUUUAAAUGUGCUUUUCUCAAAAUGUAUUUUUUCUAGGAUUAUUUACACACUCUUCCUGUCUACACUAAAAAAAAAUUAAAGUUAAAUUUCAGAAUUUAGCAAAGAGCAUUUAACACAUUGUUUAAUAUUAUUAUUAUAUUUUUUUAUUUAGAAAUGUAUUAUAGAGUAAUAUUGGUAACGAAAAAACAAUAUUGAAAAAUAUCACAAUUUGUAUUUUAUCGCAAUAUUUUAAUAAUAAUUGUUGUUUAUUGCUGGCAAAUUUAUUUUUGUAUGUAUAAUUCUAGUUUUUAAGUUAAAUGUGUGAUUAGUUUCUAGGAAAUGCUCAAAAAAAAUUAAUCCAAGAGUUAUGCAAACGGGAACAGUUUAGAAAAUAAGCCAAAGUAGAAUAAAAAUUUUUCUGUAACCCAAAUUCUAAAAUUUCAUAUCAAAAAAACAAAAAAAAAAACAAAAUUCUGAUUGGAUGAAUUAAACUGAAUCCGUUUGAAAA